ACCCGUUUAUAAAUGCUAAUUAUUCGCUCAACCCAAAUCCGUCCGCCGUCCGAAACAAAAGCAUCAGUGCUGCCACUGACGCGUGAAAUGCUAUAAAACUGCGUAACUCCAUCAUUGGACACAUCACUCGCCACCAUGCAGCACAAGCUCCUCUGCCUUGUCGUCGUUGUCGCCCUGGUCUUCGUCCAUGUUGAAGCUGAUCUACUCUGGCACAACGAUGAAAUCCCCUACGAACCAAAAGCGAAAUGCCGACGCGGCUUCUCCUACUACUCUAACAGUAUAUUAGCCAACGAUACAGACAUAGACGUUCCCGAUGACGUUAAUUCCCUCCUGAACUAUCCAAAUCCCGACGUCUGUUUCUAUUGCGUCUGUUCCACAAGCGCCAGAUCAGUCAGCUGUAUUCCUAGAGACCCCUGGUUCUGCGAGCAUUAUAGAACUGUAAGGCAAAGAGGCGCCAUGAGGGAAUACUAUGCGAAGCUGUUUCAACAGGACAGACCCUCUUUUUUUAGGACGCUGUCGUUUAGGUUGAGGAGGACUAUGGAUUUUGGGUUGAUUGAUAUGAUUGAUAUCGCUCAAAAAGGACGCAGCCGACCAUCCUGUAUACCAUAUGUCUCUGUAUAUACCGACUGCAGUGAAUACACCACAUGCCGUGGCUGCAACCAAUGCCGUUGUAAUGCGGAGGGCCAGUGGAUGUGCUUCAAGAAGAAAAAUACUUGCGGUGAUGAUAAUGAGUUGGAACUUUAUGACGAUGGUACUGAUGAUAAUGUUGUUGGGAAUAUCAUACAAGAAUUGGCUCAACAAAAGAGAGACGAAAGAUCAAAGAAACUCCCGACACAUCUUGCACCUCUACCAGAAAAGAGGGAUAGAGCGACAGUACCACCAGUUUUAGGUUAUCUCAUCGCACUUCUUCAAUAAAAACACCGUGUGUUGCACAUUUUUAAUAAAUGCACGUUGCACGUUAUUUU